AUUUUUAUUUGUUGUCUGAGUGAAUGAGGGUUGCUCAUCAGGAAGUAUCCAGCGGGUGAAAGUUUGAAAAUUAAGUCUCGUCAUUUCGGCCUCGGCCACGUUUGUCACUGCUCCACAUAACAAAGAACAGGCCAGCUGCGGCAUGAGGAUCUGCUUAUGGGCUAAUAUGUACCUGAACAGGUUAACUACAGAAGAUGGACGGAGACGGCUCGACCACCGACGCUUCCCAGCUUGGAAUCACGGGAGAGUACAUGGCCUCCAGUCACUAUGUUCUCCAGUCUCAAGAUGAUGAUGCAGAUGAGAGUCUGAAUGACCAUGACGACGGUGGAAUCAAAGAGAAUUACAGAGAGCAGGACAUCUAUCUUCCAAUAGCUAAUGUCGCCCGUAUCAUGAAGAAUGCUGUACCUCAGACUGGAAAGAUUGCAAAAGAUGCCAAGGAGUGUGUGCAGGAGUGUGUCAGUGAGUUCAUCAGCUUCAUCACAUCAGAAGCAAGUGAGCGAUGCCACCAAGAAAAACGGAAGACCAUCAAUGGGGAGGACAUCCUGUUUGCCAUGUCUACACUGGGCUUUGACAUGUAUGUGGAGCCACUAAAGCUCUACUUACAGAAGUUCAGAGAGUCAAUGAAGGGAGAGAAGGGGAUGCCUGGUGUUGUGGUGGGAGAAAGCCUGGGUGAGGAUCUCACAGAUGAUUCCUUCACAAAUCCACUGCCAGCUGGGAUUAUCACAGCCGAUGGACAGCAGCAGAAUGUCAUGGUGUACACCACUGCGUAUCAACAGAUUCCCACUGUACAACAGAUCCAGUUUUCCUGACAAGGAGUUCCUCCUAGCAUGACCACAGCGCAUGAAUUCUGGCAAUGCCAUAGGGUUAAGUUUUCCAGACAGUCAGAGCAGAGUGAGGAGCAUCUAAACAAACCCUCAUGUACAGAGAAAUCACUACCUUUUGAGUAGCCCUCCUAGUUGUGUGUUACCAGAUGUUUUUGAGCACAUCCACAGCAGCUGGGGAAUUUGAGGCUUUAUUUUAAAGGCUAGUCUUAUUACUCAAUUUAGUGGCAACAUUUUUUGUGUAUGUGUUGGUGUGUUAACUUUUAUGUAUUUUUUGGGGGUUGCAGUAGGAAAUGUGAAGGAAGUUCAUCUUGGUAGUGUCACAUCAGAUCUUGUAGCUAUUUUGUAAAUUUCCAAAAUUUACUAUGUGCUUUAAUGUAAUGUAAGUCCUUUGAAUAAAAAGAGUGACAUUGAAA